CCGUAUUCUUACUUCAUUCAUCGUGUAAUUCGUGCUGUGUGAAAAUGGCUACUGUCGAUAAGGCAAAGGCACAGAGGAGAGCUCUUCUUGGAGACGAAGACGCUUCGAUGGUGUUUGAAACCAGCAAGGGAGUGGACGUGGUGGCCACCUUUGACGGAAUGAACCUCAGGGAAGAUCUACUGAGAGGAAUAUACGCUUAUGGGUUUGAGAAGCCUUCAGCUAUUCAGCAGAGAGCCAUUGUCCCCAUCAUUAGAGGAAGGGACGUCAUAGCUCAGGCCCAGUCUGGUACUGGCAAGACAGCGACAUUCUCCAUAGCCAUACUCCAAAAGACUGAUAUCCAGUUACGUGAAACCCAAGCACUUGUUAUGAGCCCAACCAGAGAACUGGCCACUCAAAUACAAAAGGUUAUACUUGCCCUGGGUGAUUAUAUGAAUGUCCAGUGUCAUGCUUGCAUUGGAGGCACUAAUGUUGGAGAGGACAUAAGGAAGCUUGACUAUGGACAGCACAUUGUUGCUGGUACCCCUGGAAGAGUGUUUGAUAUGAUUAAGAGGAGAAACCUCAGGACACAGUCCAUUAAGUUGUUGGUUCUUGAUGAAGCUGAUGAAAUGCUAAACCAAGGUUUUCAAGAGCAAAUAUAUGAUGUAUAUCGCUACCUUCCGCCUUCAACCCAAGUUGUGCUUGCUAGUGCUACCCUUCCUGUUGAAAUACUCCAAAUGACUCAGAAAUUCAUGACCGAUCCCAUACAAGUCUUAGUAAAACGUGAUGAGUUGACUCUAGAAGGCAUAAAGCAGUUCUUUGUUGCUGUUGAGAAGGAAGACUGGAAGUUUGACACCCUCUGUGACCUUUAUGACACACUCACCAUCACUCAAGCCGUCAUCUUUUGCAACACAAAGAGAAAGGUUGAGUGGUUAACUGAGAAGAUGAGAGAAGCUAACUUCACCGUUUCAUCAAUGCACGGUGACAUGCCACAGAAGGAACGAGAAACUAUAAUGAAAGAGUUCAGAGCCGGAGACAGUCGAGUUUUAAUAACCACAGACGUGUGGGCAAGAGGUCUUGAUGUUCAGCAGGUCUCUCUUGUCAUUAAUUAUGAUCUUCCUAACAGCCGUGAGCUCUACAUCCACAGGAUUGGUCGUUCUGGUAGAUAUGGCAGGAAAGGUGUUGCCAUUAACUUUGCAAAGAAUGAUGACAUCCGCAUACUGAGGGACAUUGAGCAGUACUACUCCACACAGAUUGAUGAGAUGCCCAUGAAUAUUAAUGAACUUGUCUAACGUUUAUUAUCCAAGUAUAA